AUGGCUUCCACCCAAUCCGCCUUCGCGGGAACCAUUCCGGCUCCGAAGGUUAGGGUAGUUGCAAAAAUUCGUGGGUUUUCGGAUCCAGAUACCAGUUUCGAACCCUCCAGAACUGUCGACUGGGUUUCGGUGAGCACAGAAAUUUCCGGGGAAGUUACCAUCUCCUUUAAAGAACAAUCUUCUAGCCGAGAUUUAGGGUUUCUGAAGUAUGCAGUUUUUGUAUUGUUUGUUAUAAGUCGGUAUUCAGUUGACUAUUGCUACAACGAACAUGAAGAUAAUGAGGUAAUCUAUUUAAAUUUGUAUUUGCUGGCUCCUCCAAAUCUGCUGAUACCCUUUUCAAGCUCAACUCAAGUGCCAGUUCAAUAUGGAGGACUUAGCAGAGAGGGUGAACAGGAAUUCACCACUGCUGACCCUGCUACAGAGGUUAUUAUCAAACCAGCAACAAAACAUGCUGUUGAGUUCCCAAUUUCUGAGAAAAGCACCUUGGUAUGGGAAAUCAGAGUGGUGGACUGGAAUGUGAGCUAUGGAGCAGAAUUUGUGCCUAGUGCUGAAGAUGGAUACACAGUGAUAGUACAGAAAAACAGGAAAAUCUCGCCAGCUGAUGAAACAGUAAUCAAUAACACCUUCAAAAUCGGUGAACCUGGCAAAGUUGUACUCACCAUUGAUAACCAAACAUCAAAGAAAAAGAAGCUUCUUUACAGGUCCAAGACCAUACCCAUCUCUGAGUAA